GCGCUGUACCCGCAGGUCAGCCCCGGGUGCCUGCGGGCCUGCGCCGCGGCCUACGCGCGGCCCUUCAGCGCCAUGACUGAGCUGCUCGACAACGCUUCCCAUCGCAGCGUGGCAGCUGAGCUUUUCUACAUCGAUGUUGUGAAGCUCAAGGGUUAUCUUUGUCUAACUUUUAUGGAUGACGGGAUAGGAAUGACUCCUCACAGACUUGGCCACAUGCUCAGCUGUGGUUUCACGGAGAAGGCUGCAAAGAGAGACGGCCCACCUGGCGGGUUGUCCGGCUUCAAGUCCGGCUCCAUGCGGCUGGGGAAGGACGCCGUCGUCUUCACCAAGACCGGAGGGGCUCUCAGUGUGGGGCUGCUUUCCCAGAGUGCUGAGACAGUGAUCACCCCACUGGUGACGUUCAACCAGCAAAACAAGGAGCUGAUUGUUCCUGAAGACUCUGUGUCUAGCCUGGAGGCCAUCCUGGAGCACACCCUCUUCAACACCAGAGAGGAGCUGCUGGCCCAGUUUGAUGCCAUUCCGGGCAAAAAGGGGACACACAUCCUCAUCUGGAACAUUCACAGAAAUGAAGAUAGAAAGCCAGAGCUGGAUUUUGAUACGGACGAGCAUGACAUUUGAAUAGCAAACUUCCCUGCGGACAACAGGGAGAUUCCUUGCCCGGAAGCUGAAUACUCAUUACGCGCUUACUGCAGUAUCUUGUACCUGAAGCCUCGCAUGCAGAUCGUCCUGCGACAGGAGAAGGUGAACACUCAGCUGAUCGCCAAGAGCCUGGCCCACGUUGAAUAUGAUUUUUACAAGCCGAUACUUGUCAGGAAAAAAGCAAAGAUCACCUUUGGGUUCACCUGCAAGAACAAGAACCGCUACGGGAUCAUGAUGUACCACAACAACCGCCUCAUCAGCUCCUACAAGAAGGUGGACUGUCAGAUGAAG